AUGAAAUUAUCUGGAUUUACCCUGUGUUCAUUGCUUGCAGUGUCUGCAGUGUCUGCCUCUGUGCUUCAUCUCGUUCCUGGGAACGAUGACGCGCACGAGCACCUGGUCAAGCGUCACGGGUUCGUGCGCCGUCAGGCUGCCCAGUCUGGCCCCACUGCUUCGAACGAGGCAGAUUUUGCGAAGAUCAAGGACCCGAAGCAGCAGUGUGCUGUUUACGGCGUUCCUGAAAUCACUCAAAUGCAAGACCAGGGCGUUAUUCCCACAGGUGGUGAGCCUGCAACAAUUCAACAAAAGGAUGCGGAAGCCCAGAAGAUUUGGAAGGACAUCCAAGACUCUGGUAUUAUCCCCAACGAUGUACAAGUGAAGAAGCAGCAGGGCAGCGAGCCGCACAUGGGCAUCGACUCGAGCAGUUACAAUGCGCAGGAGGACCCUGACUGCUGGUGGUCUGCUAGCACUUGCAAGACGCCGAAGCAUAAGAACCCCGGCAUGAUGGAAGACUUGUACACUUGCCCUGAGCCGGACACUUGGGGUCUUACCUUUGACGAUGGCCCGAACUGCUCGCACAAUGCAUUUUACGACUUUUUGGCGGAGAACAAGCUCCGCGCGACCCUGUUCUACAUUGGCACCAACGUUCUCAACCACCCUUACCAGGCACAGCGUGGCAUUGCUGAUGGCCACGACAUUUGUGUGCACACCUGGUCACAUCGCUACAUGACCACGUUUGAGAGUGACCAAGUGUUUGCCGAGCUUUACUACACUGCCAGGCUCAUUAAGCAAGUGAUGGGUGUGACGCCGACUUGCUGGCGCCCUCCGUAUGGUGACGUGGACGACCGUGUUCGUGCUAUUGCCGCUGGUCUUGGUCUCCGUACGAUUCUUUGGGAGGAGGACACCAACGACUGGCAGAUCCAGCCUUCGGGCGCCAAGCCUACUUCUGUGAUUGACCAGAACUACCAAAGCAUCAUCGGCAAGGCUGGUUCGGAGAGUCCGAUUGUAUUGACCCACGAAAUUGUCUCGGCUACUAUGAAGGAAUUUAUGAAGAUGUACCCCAAGGUGAAGGAGGCCUACAAGAACGUGGUGCCUCUGACUGCAUGCCAGAACAUUACGCAGCCGUACCCCGAAGACCAGCUCAAGUACCCCAACUUUAAGGACUUUACGGGCGGCAAUAUUGCACCUUCGGGUCUCCCCGAUGGCCAAUCGAUGAAGGUCGAUCCCAACGCCAAGUUUGAACCUGUCGCGCUUGACCAGCAAGCGAAGAAUGGCUACGGCUACGGAGACCCCAAGUCUGGCUCUGGCGGUGGCGGCGACAGCAGCAGCAGCAGCAGCAGCGGUGGCAGCGGCAGUGACUCUGAGGAGGGCAGCAGCGCUGCAGCUGCUCUUUCCACGUCCUUUGCGUCUACCGCGGCUCUCUUUGUCGCUGGUGCCGUCGCUAUUGCCGUGAUCUAA